GACGCCUCUUCCCAGGCCGGCCGCCCCGUCGAGGCGGGACCGGCUGGGCUAGGCGAGCCCAGGCUAGGCUGCUGCACGGCCCGCGCCGGCCCCCCGGAGAGCUCGCCGUGGCGCCCAGAGGAACAGGGCUGUGCGGAGUCCUGAAGAUGCGCGCUCCUCUCCAGGCCCCGAUGGUUCUGCUGCUGCCGCUGCUGCUGCUGCCGCCGCCGGACUUCCGGAGCACCGUGAAAGCGCAAGUCAAUCCAGCCGUCUGCCGCUACCCCCUGGGCAUGUCGGGUGGGCACAUCCCCGAUGAGGACAUUUCUGCCUCCAGCUACUGGUCGGAAUCCACAGCAGCCAAGUACGGCAGGCUCGGCUCGGAGGAGGGGGACGGCGCCUGGUGCCCCGAGAGCCCCGUGGAGCCCGACGACCUGAAGGAGUUCCUGGAGGUCGACCUGCGCGCCCUGCACUUCAUCACGCUGGUGGGCACCCAGGGCCGCCACGCCGGCGGCCACGGCAACGAGUUCGCGCCCAUGUACCGGAUCAACUACAGCCGGGACGGCACGCGCUGGGUCUCCUGGCGCACCAGGCGCGGCAAGCAGGUGCUUGACGGCAACACCAACCCCUAUGACAUCGUUCUCAAGGACCUGGCGCCGCCCAUCAUUGCCCGGUUUGUCCGCUUCAUCCCGGUGACGGAUCACUCCACGAACGUUUGCCUCCGCGUGGAGCUCUACGGCUGCGCCUGGCUGGAUGGGCUGGUUUCAUACAGCGCUCCAGCAGGACAGCAGCUGGUUCUACCUGGCGGCAGCGUGGUGUACCUGAACGAUUCCAUCUAUGACGGUUACAGCAUGGCCGAAGGGCUCGGCCAGCUGACGGACGGCAUUUCGGGCCUGGACGACUUCAGCCAGACCCACGAAUACCACAUGUGGCCCGGCUACGACUACGUGGGCUGGUGCAACGAGAGCACCUCCACCGGCUACGUGGAGAUGGUCUUUGCCUUCGACCGGAUCAGGAACUUCACCACCAUGAAGGUGCAUUGCAACAACAUGUUCGCCAGGGGGGUGAAGAUCUUCAGGGAAGUGCAGUGCCACUUCCGCUCGGAGGGCGCCGAGUGGGAGCCCAGCCCCGUCUCCUCGGUGCUGGUGCUGGACGACGUGAACCCCAGCGCCCGCUUCGUCACCGUGCCACUCCACCACCGCAUGGCCAGCGCCAUCCGGUGCCAGUUCUACUUCGCGGAUGCCUGGAUGAUGUUCAGCGAGAUCAGCUUCCAGUCAGAUACCGCCAUGUACAACAAUUCUGGAGCCCUUCCUGAUUCUUCAGUGACUCCCACUACUUACGAUCCAACCCUCAAAGUGGAUGACAGCAACACCCGCAUCUUGAUCGGCUGCUUAGUGGCCAUAAUCUUCAUCCUGGUAGCCAUAAUUGUCAUCAUCCUGUGGAGGCAGUUUUGGCAGAAGAUGCUGGAAAAGGCCUCCCGCCGGAUGUUGGACGACGAAAUGACCGUCAGCCUCUCCCUGCCCAGCGACUCCAGCAUGUUCAACCGCAACCGCUCCACCUCAUCCAGUGAGCGAGAGACCAACUCCACCUACGACCGCAUAUUUCCCCUGGGCCCCGACUACCAGGAGCCGUCGCGGCUGAUCCGCAAGCUGCCCGAGUUCCCGCCGGUGGAGGAGGAGGCAGGCUGCAGCGGGGUCAGCAAGCCGGCCCAGCCCAGCGGAGGGGAAGGCGUCCCCCACUACGCCGAGGCGGACAUUGUGAACCUGCAGGGCGUGACCGGGAGCAACACCUACUCCGUCCCCGCCCUGACCAUGGACCUGCUGUCCGGCAAGGAUGUGGCCGUGCCCGAGUUCCCGAGGAAGCUGCUGACCUUCCGGGAGAAGCUGGGGGAAGGCCAGUUUGGAGAGGUGCACCUGUGCGAAGUGGAGGGACCGGAGACGUUGGGGGACAAGGAUUCUGCUCUGGAUGGAGACCCGGGCCAGCCGGUCCUAUUGGCCGUGAAGAUGCUGCGCGCCGACGCCAACAAGAACGCCAGGAACGACUUCCUCAAGGAGAUCAAGAUCAUGUCCCGGCUGAAGGACCCCAACAUCGUCAGCCUGCUGGCCGUGUGCAUCGCCGAGGACCCGCUCUGCAUGAUCACCGAGUACAUGGAGAACGGCGACCUCAACCAGUUCCUCUCCCGCCAGGAGUGCCACAGCUUGCCAGGCAGCUCGGCCCCUUCCAUCAGCUACACCGACCUGAAGUUCAUCGCCACGCAGAUCGCCUCUGGCAUGAAGUACCUGUCAUCCCUGAACUUUGUCCACCGGGACCUGGCCACACGCAACUGCCUGGUCGGGAAGAAUUACACCAUCAAGAUCGCAGACUUUGGCAUGAGUCGGAACCUGUACAGUGGAGACUACUACCGGAUCCAAGGCCGGGCAGUGCUCCCCAUCCGCUGGAUGUCCUGGGAGAGCAUUCUCUUGGGGAAAUUCACCACCGCGAGCGAUGUGUGGGCCUUCGGCGUGACGCUCUGGGAGACCUUCACCUUUUGCCGCGAGCAGCCUUACUCUCAGCUGUCGGACGAGCGAGUGAUUGAGAACACUGGAGAGUUCUUCAGGGAUCAGGGGCAGCAGAUCUACCUGCCACAGCCUGCCUUCUGCCCUGAUUCGAUCUAUAAGCUAAUGCUCAGCUGCUGGAAGCGAGACUCCAAGGACCGGCCCUGCUUCCAGGAAAUCCAUUCCAUUCUCCAGGAAGCCAGCAUUUUAUUGUGAUGCCUUUCCUCCGUGCCCCCGGCACUCGGGGGCAUUCCCACCCGCCCGGCUCCACAAGACCUACUCUGAGAACUGAAGCCACUCCGCCUCGAUUCAGCGUGUCCUUCGGCUGGGCUUGGAUCAGCUGGAAAGGAAGCAAAGAAGCUGGGGUCUGACCAGGUCUGCCACAGACACCCUUCGCCAAGGUGCUGUGUUUUGGACUGGCAAAACUGAAAAAAAAUAUUUAUCUUACAAAGGAAUGGUCCGUGAAUGGUUUUUGCCUGUAAAAGGGAAGAGGGAGAAAGACGAGAAAUAUUCUUUUUAACACGAGGAAGAACUUGAGAUGGGCCCUGAGACUGAGGUGGUAGGAAUAGGGGCAAGCGCUCGGGACUUCCGUACGCCUCGGCCAAGACUGUGUGUAUCCCGCAGUCUGUGCGACUGCAGACUGUUAGCACUGGACACAGAAGUCAGCUUCUUUGGAAUCUCAGCUUUCAUUGCCACAAGUUUCUAGUCCUUAUUGCUACGCCUUUCUGCUUGGAAAUGUGUGGACAAUGUUUGCUAAAAUCUCACAAGCCAGAAGAAGGACUGAAAUCGAUUUCCAAAUGCUUUCAACAGGUAUUUAGUGCCCUGCAUAAUCUCACCUGGCCAGCUAGCUUGUAUGCAUUGUGCUAAAGGCUUUGAUGUACACACUUCACACAAGCUGCAGGAAUCACUUGCAUUUGGUACGAGUUUGGACUGCUUUGUGAAGUCCUGUUUGUGUGGUUCAGUAGCUUCCCUGAAAUACUGUCUUCCACCCUGGGCCUGGAGCGUCUCUGUUUUGUUCUCUCCCUACCUGGACCCACCUGGUCUCCUCCCAGUGUCCCUAACGAUUCGGAAUACCAUGUGCAGCUGGUACACCCAUCCCAUAAAGAGCAUGGAAUGCAGAAAAGGUGGGUGUAGAAAUCGGGUUACCAAAGCGAUCCGGGAGUUGGCACAUCCCUUGGGAGGCCUGGAAAUGGGCAAUAUCAGCAAAAUUCCCUCCUCCCCCUCUCUCCUGUGAGCAAAGGACUGUAGCUUGCAGUUUUGCAGAACCAUACGACUUCCCACAGUGGGAAAGGGUAAGAAUGGCUGUGCGGUUACAGGCACUGGCUGACAGGUAGCUGAAAAGGAACAGACCAUCCUCGGUGGAGGAGUCUCAGUUUACCAGGAUAGGCUGUUAGCUGUGAUAGCUCCCACAGAUGUCCACGUUCAGGGGUGGCAAGCAUGCUUCUAAGCACCAGCUGCUUCCUGUCCUGCGCACGACUGUUCUGGAAGCUUGUGGCUGUCCCCCUUGGAAAUAAGCCGCGUGACUAGAUGAGUCUGUAGUCUGACCCAGCGGGGCAUGGCUUCGACUCUUAAUAUCCAGCCUUCCCUUGUCCUUCCCGUCCUGCCUGGUCUUCUUUCAUAUCUGCUUCUCCUGAGCAUCAGAAGUUCCAGCCCCAAGACAGGUUGGGGAAGGGGAGAGACCCAAGUGGAGCCAGCUGGUGCCGGAGGUCAGACUAGAUGGCCCGGGAGACCCCUUCUGACUCGCUCUGUUUCUGUGUUUCUGUGUUUCUAAGUUUUUGCUUCUGCAAAGGAGCAGCUGGGACCAACUGAUGGCUCCCCAGAUGAGUUGGACUGCAACUCCCAGCAUUUUUGAGAGUUCAUCAGAGAGCUGCAGCGGAUGGGAACUGAUGUCCCAAACACCUGGAAGACACACGUUUGAGGAAAGUUGGGUCUAGCAGCAAGGCUGUUGACUGCUAAAAAAAAACCAGGCAAAAAGAUUUAGGAAGUGUUGGCCAAACGGAGAGUUUUGUCCUUGAACGCUGAGAAUGGAAAAUCUGUAGUUGAGACAGGGGCACUUCAGAGCCUCGAAUGCGUUGCAGGAAAAUGGAGCGUGUAAUACUGGGUGGAUGGAUGACCAGAUUUUGCAGAUUGUGAGCUUGGGACUCGCCCGUGGGUCUUGACCAGCGGCCAAAUGAUCUCGGUGGUAUUGAAAUUCAUCUGGGAACGAAAGCGCUAAAGCACGCUUCUCAAAGAUAAGAAAGUCGGUAAGAGAGAAAGGCAGGCAGCUGCCUGACAUGCCAAGGUCAGUCUGGUGUAUGUUUGGACUGGGUGGAGAGACGGGAGACGUGCCUUCCCCCAUCCCCCAGAUAGGAGAGCCUUGGUGCCCAGUUUUAACAAGCAUGCUCACGGGUUUUGGAAAAGCUGGUGGAGCACCGGCUCUCCAUCCCUCCUCUUGGCCUCCCUCUUCGCUUCCUUGGAAUCCAUCCUGGAGAGAGCCUUAAAUCAUGCUUGCGAAACUUCAUUGCCACUCUCCCUGUCUUUUCCUUCGAACGUGGGCCAAGAGCGAAGACGAGGGAGCCUCACUAGCCAGGGUGUGUGUCUUCAGGCCUUCAGAGGCCUGUCCUAUUCGCUCCGGGAGAUGCGAGUGUUGGACGUAGAAGCCCACACAGUCAGCUAGCUUGCUUCUAUGUGCUUUGCGCUUUCUGGUUCGGCAGCAUUCGGCAUGCGUGUAUCUUAUUUUUUGCUCCUUUGAGAUGCACUUUUAGCCAUUUUUAUUCAGCAAUCAAAUGUACGCAUUUCAUGCCACCAACUAGAUAGGCAUACCCCACUUUGGGAAUCAGAGCUAGGCUAGCCUGAGGGAGGGCGGAGAAGUUUGGACAAUUAAAUAGGGCAAAAUAACAAUGUGUGCACCGAGGUACCUCUUUUGACAAAAUAAGACAGCACCAACUCCUUUACACAUGAGUAGGAUGGCCAAUCAGACCACAAGCAAGGCUGCCAGCAUCUUUCCCAGGUUGGGCCCCAAAAGUGGCUCCAGCUAUCCCUGUUACAACUCCACAUAUCCUCAAAAUAGACUGGGCAAAAGCAAUUAAUUACCCGACUUGAUCUGUAGAACAGAUAACGCAAUCUUGAUGCAUGUUGCAGAGAAGCAGCGACUCGCAGCUUGUCGACACGAAGAAUUCUAAAAGCUUAGUAGGACGGGAUUUACUGCUGUGGGAGCCAUGUUGUCCCUUCUUCAGCAAGGCCUGGCUCCUUGUGCUGAAGGGGCCACGAAGGCCCUUGGGUCCAACCCGCUGCUGCUGCAGGACACCACGUCACAUCGUCCCACUCAGAGGGCUGCCCAGUUUCCUUUUGUUAUCAUUUAAUUAAUUUAUCAUUUAUCAUUUAAUUAAGUUUGCCUAGAACAAACAUUAAGUUAUUUGGCCUCUCGGUGUCUUUUGGCUCCCUUUUCAAAAUUGGCGUUGCGUUAGUAGCUUUGCAUCCCUCUGCUGCAGACUGACUUGAGGAGCAAGUCACCGUGCGUUGUUUCAAAAUCCUGAAAUCAAACUGCAUGGAAUGUGGGGUCUGAUACCGUAUUGUUGCUGUUGCAAACCCUAGAAUAUGAGCCUCAAAAACAACCUAGGGAACCUCUGAAGCUGAGAAUAUUGGUGGCGAAACUGAACCGAUUGCUAAUAAUGCUCCUAGCAGAACGUGCCACACAUUUCCCCACAUGGCUGGCUGGCCUUAUGGAUGAGGCCACCACCCAAAGGGUGUUUCCAGUGUGCCCAAGGGAUUGGGCUUCACCUGUGUGUGGAACCCCGACUGCCUCUUCUUUUGACCUGCAAAUCAUUCCCUCCCACGCCAUCCUUCGACGGGAUGAUUCGCCAUUUCCAGCCAGUGCUAGGCCAUGCUGCCUGGGGAGGAUGGGAGUCGGAUUCCAGCAGAUCCGGGAGCCACCAGACCAGGAAAAGUCCUCCUGGGCCAGGUUGCAAACUGCUUUUAAACUUCACUCCCAAUUCAAAAGUGAUUUGUCAUGCAGGCCAGGUGAACAUGGGACAGGCAGGCGGCUCAAACACCUCCAUGGGUACAGAACUAGUUGCAGAUCCUUUGGAUCCUGCCCCAUUUUAUAAUAUAUUGUAUGUUUCUUGCUUGUAACAGUAUUACUUGUCUUUUAGUUGUACUCUUCGCCUAAAUGCAGAGUGCCUUUAUCCAAGAUGUUUGGGCAGUGCUGUCCUAUUUACAUCUCCUUAGAAAUAAGCCCCCGAUAUGAUAGGCGACGCACUGCCACUUAGGUGAGUUUAGGGUUGCAGUCUCUGUUAACUUGCAAGCGAUAAUAUAAGCAGAUACUGAGAAACAGUGUUCCUUUCCUCCUUAGAAAAUAUAAAUGCCAGGUUGUGUAUUAUGGUUUGCAAUUGCAGUACUCAUUCAAAAACGGCUCUGUAUUUUGAAAUGGAGAUUUAAAGACCUAUGUAUAUUUUUCUUUAUUUAUUCUUUGUAAGGCACCAUUGAACUGUAUUCCCUGUACGAUGAUUGAGGUGUAAAUAAGAAUAUUUAAAAAGUAUACAACCACCUUCCUGCUUCUGUACUGAAAGUGGAGGGUGGUCAGUUUGGUUAGUGGAUACUUUGGACAGUCUGCAUAGCCGAAUGGCUGCAAUGGAACUUGGUUUGGCUUCUCACCCUCCCCAGAAGGAAGUGGGGGAGACGGAUCCUUCCAUGAUGACAGGAAGAAUCAAAGGGUUCCGUCCAGAGGAAAAGAGGAGACUAUCGGAGAAACUGGAACAAAGAACUGGCCGCCGGUUAAGAACUUCAAGGAACGUGAGGGCUUGUUGACGGCUUGUGGGGCCAGCCGUGUUUCCCCAGCGCUGGGGGGUCACGAUCCCGUAUGGAUGCCCUGCAGUCAGGAAGACCCCCUUGCUCACAGCACUUUUCCUUUAGAAAGAAGGAAGGUGAUGUACUUCAGGGGAAAUGGCGCAGUUAGGAGGGGAUAAGAAGAUGUGUUUAUUCCAACCAUUUAAAAACGCUUUUCUAUUAAAGUAUUCAAAGUGCUAUGAAAUAUAUAAAUCAAAUACGGGAAGGUGAAUGUA